AUGACGAUCCUCAACAAAAUGGGCCCAGUGGCCACGGAUGAGAUCUUCGACCUUAACCGUGAAUUCUUCAACGACACUUACCCCGAGAAGGCCAGUCUAGGCGUGGGCGUCUUCCGCACCAACGAAGGAAAGCCAUGGCCUCUCCCCGUAGUACGCGAAGCAGAGCAGCGCCUCUUCGACGAGCAAAGCCUCUCCCGCCAUGAGUACACGGCCAUCGAAGGCGACAUGGCCUUCGUGCGUCUCGCGCGGGACGUCCUGUUCAACUUCCACGGCAAAGAGGACUCAGAUGCGCAGAAGGCGGAAAAGGAGCGGAUCGCCUCUGUGCAGACUGUCGCGGGGACGGGCGCUAACCACCUCGGUGCGAUCUUUCUCGCGCACAAUAUGAAGCCGAGUAAAGUGUGGUUAUCGGAUCCGUCGUGGGCGAACCAUGACACUAUCUGGGAUCAGGCGGGUGUGCCGCGUGCGAAGUACCCGUACUACAACCCUGCCACCCGCCUGUUUGACUUUGAGGGUAUGAUGGCCGUGUUGGAGAAUGAGGGGCAAGAGGGCGAUGUCAUCCUUCUGCAUGCGUCUGCGCAUAACCCCACUGGUCUGGACCCCACCAAGGAACAGUGGAAAGUUAUCGCGGACCUAUGUGAGCGCAAGAGGAUCUUCCCGUUCUUCGACUCGGCGUACCAAGGUUUCGCCUCGGGUUCGCUCGAGGAGGACUCGUGGGCUGUGCGGUACUUCUUCAACGAGAAGCCGCAUCUGGAGAUGUGCGUCGCACAGAGUUUCUCUAAGAACUUCGGUCUUUAUGGUCAGCGUGUUGGUGCAUUCCACUAUGUCCUCAGCAACUCUGAAAAGCAAUUGAACCGCACCGUCGUCGACAACCUAUGCCACUUGAUUCGUGGCGAGUUCUCCAUGGGUCCCUCUGGGGGAUGCAGUAUCGUCAAGAAGGUCCUGACAGACGAGAACUUGACUGCUCAGUGGCACGAGAACAUGAGAGAGAUGGCUUCUCGGAUCCAGUCGAUGCGUCGUGCUCUCUAUGACGAGCUCGUGCGACUUGGAACCCCGGGUACCUGGGAACAUAUCGUGCAGCAGAACGGAAUGUUCUCCUACACCGGUCUGACCUCCGAGCAAGUCCAAGCCUUGAAGGAAAAGUACCACGUCUACUUGCUCAAGUCCGGCAGAGCUUCCAUCAGUGGCUUGAGCACGAAUAAUGUCGCCUACGUCGCCAAAGCUUUUGACGAUGUUGUCCGGAAUGUGAACUAG